CCGCCCCGCUCGCCUCGCCCCGCCCGCCCGCCUCGGCCCCUGGGUGAACGAGGCCAUGUCGGAGCCCGAGCUGCAGCUGGUGGCCCGGCGCAUUCGCAGCUUCCCCGACUUCCCCAUCCCAGGCGUGCUCUUUAGGGACAUCUCGCCCCUCCUAAAGGACCCCGAAUCCUUCCGCGCUUGCAUCCGCCUGCUGGCCAGCCAUCUGAAGACCGCGCACGGAGGCAAGAUUGACUACAUCGCAGGCCUGGACUCCAGGGGCUUCCUGUUUGGGCCCUCGCUGGCCCAGGAGCUGGGCCUGGGCUAUGUGCUCAUCCGGAAGCGCGGGAAGCUGCCGGGCCCCACUGUGUCUGCCUCCUAUGCACUGGAAUACGGGAAGGCCGAGCUGGAGAUCCAGAAGGAUGCCCUGGAGCCCGGGCAGAAGGUGGUUGUGGUGGACGACCUGCUGGCCACUGGUGGAACCAUGUGUGCGGCCUGUGAGCUGCUGGGCCAGCUGGGGGCCGAGGUGCUGGAAAGCGUGACCCUGGUGGAGCUGACCUCACUCAAGGGCAGGGAGAAGUUGGGCCCCGUCCCCUUCUUCUCCCUCCUGCAGUACGAGUGACCUCUUCAGCCGGACCAGACAAGAAACAGUUCACCUUCGUGCCUUCAGCGACCUGCAGGGGCCACUGGCUGCAGCUGUUACUUCUGCCUGCUGAGCAUCUCCUUGGUCGUAACCAGUGUCCGCAGUCCUCCCAGGCCGCCCCAUGGGUUCCAGAAGUGCCAGGGCUGGGCAGAGCCACAGGCAGACAAACUAAUAAACAGCUUUUCUACACA